UAGUAACGCUUCCUUGUUUCCAGUGUGGCUUUUCACUAAACGCAUGUCGCUGUUAUUUAGGAAAUUAUUUUGUGUUUCAAUAGUUAAUGUGUUAUUUCGGGUCAAGAUCAAUUCAGUGUUUUAUACUUAAACGUUCGCGAUUGGUUUACUGACGAUCUUGAAGAAGAUGAAGCACAAGGAGCGCGAAAUGCGUCUACUGAUGCUUGGUCUUGACAAUGCUGGAAAAACAACCAUCCUGAAGAAGUUUAACGGCGAAGAUGUCAGCACGAUCUCUCCAACAUUAGGCUUCAACAUAAAGACACUCGAGCAUAGAGGGUUUAAGCUGAAUAUCUGGGAUGUGGGUGGCCAAAAGUCAUUGAGAUCAUACUGGAGGAAUUAUUUCGAGAGUACAGAUGGACUGGUGUGGGUAGUGGACAGCGCUGACAGAUUGAGACUGGAGGACUGCAGGGAAGAGCUGAGUGCUUUAUUACUAGAGGAGCGAUUAGCGGGAGCCACUCUGUUAGUUUUUGCCAAUAAACAGGACCUACCUGGUGCUUUAUCAAAAGAUGCCAUUCGAGAGGUUUUAACCCUUGAUGACAUUAAGACCCAUCACUGGUGCAUUGUGGGAUGCAGUGCCGUUACAGGUGAGAACCUGCUAACAGGUGUGGACUGGCUACUUGAUAUAGCAGCUCGGAUCUUUACAGCUGACUAAUGGACUGAAUGUUUUAACAUUUUGGAGAUGGACAAUAAAAAA